GAUUGGCUAGUAGUUCCCAGGAACGAGAAGCUGUCUGGUUAACUACAAAUGGAGCGAUCGUGCUGUUUUUAAACCUGAUCUGCGGUGGGAAAUCCGUCGUAGGGAUCGAAAUGUCUGGCAGGGGCGAUUGCAGCCUGUUUGUCGUUGUCUUGCUCUACCUUUGCGUAACUGCUACGUGUAAAUUUCCCACUUUGGAUCACUUGAAGGCGCAAGCUAGCGACAAGACACAGGGCAGAGCUGUGGUCGAGUUGCUGAGACGCCUCCUGGGGAACAGAUCCACUGAGUUCAUCGUCAUAGUUAACAAGAGCCUCUCUAAUGACAGCCUGGAUGUGUGCGAGCUCAGGUCGACUAAAAACAACAGGAUAGUUGCCACGGGCAACACCGGAGUGUCCGUGGCCUCUGGGAUUUACAAUUACUUGAAAUAUUUCUGCAACUGCCACGUUUCCUGGUCCGGUGAUCAGUUGAAUCUUCCCCGUCCUCUUCCAAAACUCUCCGGUGUGCUCCGCAUCAACACCCAGCACAGGUUUCGCUACUAUCAGAAUGUCUGCACCGUUAGCUAUUCGUCUGUGUGGUGGGACUGGCCACGGUGGGAGAGAGAGAUUGACUGGAUGGCUCUUAAUGGGAUUAAUCUUCCACUGGCUUUCACUGGUCAAGAGGCCCUGUGGCAAGAGGUUUACCGUGCUCUUGGUUUGCACCAAUCAGAAAUCGAAGAAUUCUUCUCCGGCCCGGCAUUUCUGGCUUGGAACCGCAUGGGAAACAUGUUCAAGUUUGGUGGACCGCUGCCACAGUCCUGGCAUGUGAAUCAGCUGACCCUCCAAUUUAAAAUCUUAGAGCGAAUGAGAUCAUUUGGCAUGAUUCCAGUGCUGCCAGCCUUCUCCGGGAACAUCCCCAAGGGAAUCCUCAGGUUGCAUCCAGAGGCAAACGUAACAAGAUUGGGGCCAUGGGCUCAUUUCAACUGCAGCUUCUCCUGCUCGUAUAUCUUGGACCCGAGAGACCCGCUUUUCCUCCGGAUUGGUUCCCUCUAUCUUUCCCAGGUGGUCCGACAAUUCGGGACGGAUCACAUCUAUAACACGGACACCUUCAACGAGAUGAUUCCUCCCUCCUCAGACCCCGCUUACCUGUCAGCUGUCAGUCGAUCCGUCUUCGCCUCAAUGACUGCCGUUGAUCCUCAGGCAAUUUGGCUGAUGCAGGGAUGGUUGUUCUUUAAUGCUGCAGCUUUCUGGAAGCCUGCCCAGAUUCGGGCCCUACUACACGGCGUGCCCCUUGGACGGAUGAUCGUGCUAGAUUUGUUUGCAGAGACUGAGCCAAUUUUCUCCUACACUGAGUCUUUCUACGGGCAGCCUUUCAUCUGGUGCAUGCUGCAAAACUUUGGUGGCAACAGCGGUCUCUUUGGCACAGUGGAGAGUGUCAAUUCGGGACUCUUCAAAGCCUUGCAUUUCCCGAACUCCACCAUGGUCGGCGUAGGCAUGACACCCGAGGGCAUCGAGCAGAAUCCCGUCAUGUACGAAUUAAUGAGCGAACUGGCGUGGCGCAAGGAGCCCGUCAACUUGGUCAAGUGGGCGUCUCUGUAUGCCGUACGUCGUUACGGCACCACGCGAGACAGUCUGAUCACCACGUGGAGACUCCUGUUUUCCAGCGUCUACAACUGCACUCUGCCGCACUAUCGAAAUCAUAACCACAGCCCACUCGUGCGCCGGCCUUCCUUUCACAUGAAAACCGAUCUUUGGUACAACCCGGCGGACUUGUUCGAAGCGUGGAAACUCAUGAUCCAAGCGUCUCCUUCUCUCAUGUCAAAGGAAACCUUCCGGUAUGAUCUCGUCGAUGUUACUCGAGAGGUCUUACAAGUUUUAACAUCAUCGUUUUACCUGGAUCUCACCGAUGCCUUUCAUCAACAAAAGUUGCCAGAACUGCUAACUACCGCAGGGGUGCUCAUAUACGACCUUUUGCCGGAACUCAAUCGUUUGCUGAGCAGUGAUCACCAUUUCCUGUUGGGGAAAUGGCUGGAGCGGGCGAAAUCCUUCGCGAUCGACGAGGAGGAGGCGGAGCUGUAUGAUAUGAAUGCCAGGAACCAGGUCACUCUGUGGGGCCCCAGUGGUGAAAUCCAAGACUAUGCUAGCAAAGAGUGGGGAGGCCUAAUGGAGGACUACUACGCCCAACGAUGGGGCCUGUUUGUCCAAACAUUGGUGGAGUGUCUGGACAGCGGUCAGCCAUUUAAGCAAGAUGCCUUCAAUCAGGCCGUUUUCCAGGUCGAAAAGGGAUUUAUUUAUAAUGGCCGAAAGUACCCCACAAAGCCUCAAGGUGACACGUACGAGAUCACCCGCAGGAUCUUUCUCAAGUAUUACCCACUAGCCCUGAAAACCUUGAAAGGACUAUCAUGAUCUGCAGAGACUAC